GUACCACAAUAGACCGCAGCAUCCAGUCCAGACAACGCUGGCCUUGCACCAUCAUGCUCCUAGUGCAGGACUGCGUGAGGCUGUGAGUGCCGUCGUGAUUUAUUUCACGCGGUACCACCACCACCACCACCACCACGGCCACGGAGGAACCUUCUUGCGACUGUUUGGGCUCUCCAUCGAGUGGGGAAGAUGGCCGCUAUGAAAAUAUUAACCAGCACAGGGCUUUUCUUGGCGUUCUGUGCGCUGGGGCUGCUCGCCAUGGCGAUUUGCACCGAUUAUUGGUACGAGACCGACGCGAGGAGACAUCGAGAGAGGUGUAAAAACUAUGCCAACAAGCGAAACGACCCGGGGUACAUCUACAUUUCAAACCACAACCUCCCCCUCCAGAUGCCUCCAAAGAGCCUGGAGAGGAAAGGUAACGGGCCAGAUGCUGGAGCUCUCAUCAGGGGGAAGCGGCACUUCCUGGCCGCAGCGUCUGCCAUGGAGUCUCAUUGCAGCCGGCAGUUUAACUCCACCAUCUCCGGACUCUGGAGGAAGUGUCACCGGGAAGGAUUCGACCUGGAGACCGAGGACCUUAUUCACAAAGGAAUAAUUCAAAGAUGUACUCCAGUCAAGUAUCACUACUCUUCAUCCAUCCUACCACGAAAUUUACCCAUCAACAUCACAAAGACCAUACGACAGGAUGAGUGGCAUGCACUCCAUCUAAGAAGAAUGACGGCUGGCUUUGUGGGCAUGGCCGUGUCCAUCAUUCUUUUUGGCUGGAUCAUUGGAGUGCUGGGAUGCUGCCAGCAGCAUGACCUCAUGCAAUAUGUAGCUGGGCUACUCUUUCUCAUGGGAGGAACAUGCUGCAUCAUCUCCUUGUGCACAUGUGUGGCAGGAAUCAAUUUUGAGUUAUCCCGCUACCCCCGCUACAUGUAUGGCCUCCCCGAGGACAUUAGCCAUGGCUAUGGCUGGUCUAUGUUUUGUGCCUGGGGGGGUCUCGGUCUCACAUUGCUGGCUGGCUUCCUCUGCACCUUGGCCCCAUCCCUGAGCACACCCGCUCGCACAACGACCCACAAGCCGAGGCAGGAGAACGGAACCGUGUGACAGGACCGAGGCGCCGAGAAGCGAUUGACCCACUGAACGCACAAACCCCACCCUUCCAGUCUUGAUGUGCAACUCUGAAACAGUUUUUGUCUGAUCACCAUCUCACACCACCCUCGACAUCGCAAUCGCCACCCCCAACCCCCUUCAGUGUUUUAAGUGUGCCUGAGUUGUGACGGAAGGAGCAAAGGAACGACAAACUUCACACACCUAAUCUCAGAAUUCGCAGAGGGACCUCCAGGAACAGCAAGAGUAUCACCUACGUAACAUAUGACUGAGGCAUGGCUCUCACAGCACAAAUAAGACGUUCUUUUUUGGUCCAGAUUUUUGACAUGCUGUCUUCACGCUGAUCUAAAGGUGACUGUUUUCUCUAAAGAGAAUUUGUCUUAAAAUGGUGCUCUCUUUAAUACAUAAAGCCACAAACACUCCCACACAGCACAGCACAACACACAGCACAACACACACACACACAUACACACACACACACACACACACACACACACACACACGCACACAUCCACACACACAUCCACACACACCAGCUUUUCCACACAUGCUCAAUUACUCUGAAUGAAUCAUGAGAGAAAUCCUCCAAAAGGAACAAACAUACAAAUAUCAGGCAUCCUGUCAGCAUUCCUCUUUCAGUCGAGUGAUGUGUGCUGUGUUAUUGUUUGUAAUGAAAAAAAAACAAAAAAAAACAUUCAGACGUCAGAUGACUGCCCAUUGCUUAUCUUUAGUGUAGCACACUUACGGAUAUCAAACAUGAGUCCCGGGGGUAGAACGUCUGCAGCCUCUGCAGAGCAUAACAUGGAUAUACCUGUGUGGUCAGUACGAUAAAACACACACAAGUAAAUUUGCAUUGGAAGGUAAAUCGUUUGAUGCUUCUUUAAAGAUUCUAUAUGUACAAAUGCAUCUCUGUGUAGAUCCAGAUCAUUGUUUGUGUGAAGUAGAUUUUGAAUAAGAAUGUUUGUUUUCUGUUUGUAUAGAGGUGAUGAUGGCUGAAAGUGUGCAGAAGAUAGAGAGUGACAGGAUUGUGCUAGCAGAGUGAAUCCAUUAUGUAUUCAGCAACAUGAAGGUAUUUUGUGGUACGAAAUGAAAAGAAAGUGAGAAGCAGGAGAAGGCGUGAGGUCACAGUAACUGCUGAGCUGUGACUUAAAGCUGCUGUGCCGUUACCGCUCUGACGGACCCAGUUGUUUGCUGACAGCUGAAUCAUAACCUGACAAGAGCAAAACAAAAAGCCAAACUGUAGGGGAAGUAUUUGAUAACUCCAUUGUUUGCCCUUAAUAAUGGUCAGCUGUUUUGUGUACCACUCUGAAUACAUGCAAGUUAAGCAAUUUUAGAAGAAGAAAAAAAAAUUUCCCAGUCCUCAUUUACACUGAAUACAGUAACACAGUGGUAGAAGUGUAAUCAUUUCCUGACUAAAAAUCUGACUGAUACAACAAAACAAUGGAACAUAAUUUGUUGUUUUGUUUUGUUUACAUGUGGGUUAGAUAGCACAAUCAGUAACGUCUAUUAAGGCAAGUUUCAUGACGUUUGUUUGCAAACCAGCGUGCAAUACAGUUUACACAUGACGUAUGUAUCAUGACAACCAAACAAAUUACAUGUCCAAAUUUCAGGACACAAUAAUGUUCCAGUAGAGUGAAUCAUCAGCUGCCACUAAAAGCAAGAUAUUUCAGUCCUUUGUACUUUUAUGAUCCAGUAGUUUGAUUGAGAAUGCAUUAGAAAAGCACAAAUAGUAAUCCAGAAAAACUCACUGUCCCUCAGCACAAAGCACAGUAUGUACAGGCUAUACUUUGAAAACAAAACCAAAAGGUCAAAAUGAAGUAAUACAUCCAUUGCAGUUUGGUUGAUCUUUGGAACACAACUUGUAUCAUCUCUUGAUCAGUAAAAACAUUUUAUUUUAUUGUGUACUAACAUAACAAAAAAAAAAGUACACUGUAUAUUGUGUAGUAUGUGAUAGGAACAUGGGAAGUUUGGAAUUCAAUUGUUGGAUUAAAAAUUCAUCCAAAUCUUGUAUCGAAGAAAAGCACAAAUAGUGAUUUAGAAAGGCUUAAGACGGCAGAGACGUACGUAAAAAGCUGUAACCCAAAUACACCGUAUACUCAUUUUGUGUUUCAGUUGUGCUGCGUUUAUUUUCAAAAAUAAUAUAAAAACAAAAUAAUUAGUGAAAAUAAAGUAAUAUGGGAAACGCCAUAUGCCAUUUCAUAUUAACAGUUGGACUAAUGUGUGGUACACAACCUCCAAUUCUGUCAUUACUACAAAUCAGUAAAAUACACCGGUUUUGUGCACUAAUGUGUACUCAUGAGAUGAAACGAGAUGAAGCUUUUGAAAAGCGUUGAGGGAGGGGUUUUAGUUUGUUCAUUGUAAAUGGAAAAGCAAUUCCCCUGAUGACAUUGUAAGAUGAUAACUAACAGCAGACAAUUUUCUGUUAUGCAAAUAUUCUUUUUUUUCCCCCCUCUCCCAUAAAUGCUGAUUGCUGGACUCGAGUCAUGGGAUAAUCUAUCAGCUAUGUCAAUGAACUUUCUUAGAAAAAAAAAAGGUGUUAUAAUGUGUGUUGACAACACUGUAUGUGAUGUUCAGUCCUUUCACCAUCACCAUUAACCUCCUCAUGAGGCCACCACUUUCCUCAAGUCAAGGAAAUUUAACUGAGGCAUGAUUGAAAACUGUAUCUUCAGUGUCUUGUUGAAUCUUUGCACUUUGCUGGGUCUCAUAAAAGUCUGUGAACCUGAAGUCUGAGCAGGUGGAGUUAUACAUUAUAUGUUUGCAAGGCCACAUACAGCAGCAAAAGAUGAUCAGAGCAUGUAAUAAGCACCCUGUUGUGUCUUUUACAAAGAGUUUGGGUUUAUAACAUGUUGUGUGUUUAGGGUCAGUCGGUCCAGGCUCUUAUUGUGAAAAUAUUUAUGCCAGAAACAAGGACAUGCCAUAAAUAUAAAAAUAUUUAUAUGUAUGGUCAUUACACUGACAACUGGCUCAGUGUGUUUUCUGACAUGCUAUGACUCACAGAAUGCAAUGCUGUUUGAUGUUUUGGUUUUAUAAAGUCUUAAGUUCACACCCAAACUGAUACACAGUAAUUUAAGUAUUACUGUAAGCAGUAAACUGUAAUGUAUAAGUACAUGGUGCAAGUAUAAUGUGUUAGCACAACUGCACACAAAUCUUACAAGUUCUUUUUCUUUUCCAGACUUUUCCAGUACUGACGUGCCACCACUGCACAUGUGCAGGACUUUGUCCAAAACGUGUUACAAGCAAAAAACCGAGAGCACAUAUUUAUGCCCCCAUAUCCCAGAUAGUGAAUUUUAAAGUACACAAACACAUAACAACGUCUGCGAUUUCAAACUAAGCUUUCAUCAUUGAUUGGAUUGAGAUUCAAUACAGAAGAACAGCAGCACACAGUAGCAAGAUUUACAAAACAUUAAAAAUAAUGUACUUUAGAGAACGAAUGAGGUCAGCACAGUGUAACAGCGUAUUUGAAAUUGUUGUAAAAUCCCUCUCAAGUGGCAACUUCCUGUGUUUCAUGAGGAACUUAGAAAUGUAUUCUGUGCAAUGAGAGAUGCCCUGUGAAAACGCCACCAUUUAGAGUGGCGCUUGUUUCAGUAGCACAGCUAUUAUUUUCUACAAGUCAUUUAUACUGUUUCAAUCCACUGCAGAUGUUAUGUGGGGAUUAAAAAGACAUUACAGUCUUGCAUGAGCUCAUUACAGCUAGUUUCUUUCAAUAUAUUAAAAACUUGUGUCCAUUUUUAAUUAAUUUAUUUUACUGAAAUAAAAUAUGUAAUUACUAAUG